AUUGUUUUGUUUUACUUUCUUUUAUUGAUUCAUGAUUCAGUUGUGUCGUGAUGUUUUUAACUUAUUAUUUUAUUUAUUAUUACAGCAGUGGUUUACUCACUACUACUCCAAUACAACAGGGGGCGCCAAACCAAACUAGUCAUAUAUUUUGGGCGUUUUUGAUUGGUUCGUUUGUUUGCUGCGAAAGGGCGGUUUGUUUGGAGAAGAGGACGCUCUUGUUUUAGCUAUCCCCACUUGAUAGAGUCAACAAUUGUGUUUAAGUCAAUUUUAGGUACCCAGUCGUAGGCGUUGCAUGUCGAAUAUCGGUUUAUGAAUAAUGGAAGACCCGAUGAAAUACUUGUUGCGUCGCCUCAUUCGGCGGAUACCGGCUCAACUUCUCAAACCAACGUUGGAGAAGUGGGGUCGCAUGACAAUGGCUCAAAAACAAACCAUCGAUUUUACUCAAUCGAAAUUAACGAUAACGGACACACUUCUCGCCUUUUCUGAGGAAAAUGGAUGGACGAUUAAACAUAUCGUAGAGUUAGAGAUGAUAUAUGUCAUUGAUAAUCCAAACCAGGGUUUGUGGCACGCAUUCCAGCUGAUGCAUCCUGAAGCUGAUGCUCAAGCUGUGGAGUUGCUGCAGUUCAAGGAACAAUUUAAAUCCCACCUCGGUGAACUCGUAAAAAACGUGUCUGUCAAGAUAAAGAAGAACACUGAUGACGCUGUAUGGAUCCGCAUUGCAUGGGGUGACAGCUUCUCUCGGCCCAACAACUUAAAGCCAACAUAUGUUGUUCACUACCUCUGUACAAGUUAUGUAUUUGUGACCAGACUGACGUCCAAGCAAAAGCCCCUUUUGUCCCAGGCUUUAAUCAUAGCCACCAGGCAUCAGGCUAUGAAGGAUGCUCACCUCAGUGGACCGAAACUUACGGCAAUUCGGGACCUGCUGAUGCAGCAAUAUGAACAGGUGUUUCCAACCAAGUACCCCAGCCCUCUUACCAGUACAGGUCGGACAGUCUCACACCCCAACAUAGAGCGAGAACAAGCUGAGGCUGAAGUGAACAGACUUCAAAUGGCCCGUGAAGCGUUUGGUGGCGGCCAGUUACCACAGCUACAAUCUGUAGUUUACAAGCUGGAGACAAAGUUCAGAGACCCGACCAACAAGACAAUGACUGAGCAAGAGAGACCCUUCAAGUGUAUGGUCAAAUUUGCAAGCACCAACAUAUUGGAGUCACUCAGGCACUGUGCUUCUUCAGGAAUCGCUUCCACCCCAGUUACACUUUUGCUGUCGUCCAUUCCCCGAAAAGGAAGAAAUUAUUUUGUCAUCACAGACAAUGCCCAGGGACCCUCUUCACAACCCGACCAGCCACCCAACUAACCUGUUACAGGACCAUGAAUAUUACAAUAUAACCUGGGUUUUUUUGUACUGUUGAUGGUUAUCUUUUAAAACUCAGUAAGCACUAUGAUCCAUGAUUUAUGGUGUUUCACGGGUAAGUAGAGUCAAAUGUUGAUAGUUGAAUAUUUUUUUGUGUGUAUAUAUUUUAAGACAAUUACAUUAAACUCUAUUACAUGUCCAAAUUGUAUGUAAGAAAUUCAAUGUAUGCUUUUUAAAUCUGUAAAUAAUUGUGAUUGUCGACUCAUUACUGUAAUUCUCAAAGUGAAGGAAUUUGAUAUCUUUGUGGGAGAUAAAGAACAUCCAUUCA